CAUCUGCCCACCUGUGACUGUGCAGGCAGUUUGAUGCCUUUAUCAGGCUGGGAACAAGAUCUCGUCUCUUGGGUGCCUCCACAAUGCCAGGUGACGAUUCCAUCAGCACGCUGGGCAUGAUCCUUGGAGUGGGACUGUCUCUGCUGCUCAUGUCCAUCCUAGGCUACAGUUUGGCCAAGUGGUACCAGCGCGGGUACUGCUGGGACGGGCCUAACUUUGUCUUCAACUUAUACCAAAUCCGGAACCUGAAGGACUUGGAGGUUGGACCACCCUUUACCAUCAGCGGUCACAUGAGCAGUACAGAUGGCGGCUACAUGAAGUUUUCCAAUGAAAGAGUCUGAUGGAGCAGUUUCUAGCUUCUGAAGGUCAGGAGAGGUGAGGCCUCACAGUUCCCGCAGCUGCGUGAGUGGGGUUGUUAUUAACCAUCAUGGAAACCAGCAGAGGCAAUCCAAAUUGAGGAGGCAACGAUGGCUCCAGUGUAGAGACAUCUAAAACCACCAAAGCACUGGAGGAAUGGAUGUGGAUCGGGAGUCAUGGAAACAGGGAUCGGGAGUCAUGGAAACAGGGAUCAGGAGUCGUCAUGGAAACAGGGAUCGGGAGUCAUGGAAACAGGAGUCAUUGGGGUGAUUCCUUGGGGUGGGGGGAGUCAUUUUCAGGGUAGUCGAGACAGGGGCUAAG